ACAUUUCCAGGACAAUUGGCACAAGCAGUUGUCAUCGCUUCAAGUCACAAUGAAAUCAUUUUUUAUCAAUUCAGUAAGAUCUUCUUUUAUAACGGGUAAAAAGUUGGGAAUUUUAUAAUUUUACAAUGGAGGACAUAACUGACUUCGACGAAAUACAACCAGUCUCCCCCGCACACGUGGUUUUUCUGCACAACGAAUUCAAGAAUUGCUAUGAAGAUCAGUACAUUCUGGACAUGGUCAAUGCACUUCAAGAAAAAGGGCAUAAAAUAACAGUAUAUGCAUCCGAAUUAGGAGAAGCCAACUGCUUGGAGGAAUUAAAUCAAUCAAAUGGCAACCUAAAUUUAUCUUAUUGUGGAUGGUGGCUUCCUAACAGUUGGAAAUCCAUGAGAUCGAUUUUGAUGGCACUACGCAUUAUUCUAUUCCCUCCAACUCCCGUGCCCACAGUCAUUGUAAUGGACAUCGAACCUAUAGCACUCUACCUGCUUUCCUUUUUAAACACGUCAAAACUGAUAUACGUGACUCAUUUCUCAACACUACAGCAAGCAGAAAAUUACACAAAAUUCAUCAAGAUAAAUCCGAACAUGAUCACUGUCAAAGCCCUAAAGUAUGCAAACGAAAUUGUGGUGCACGGUGAAACUCUAGCCGAAGUAUUUCAUCGUUCGUUUCCAACGUUAAAAAAAGACAUACGAAUUCUACAUCCCUGUGUGGAAACUGGCUUAUGGAAAGAAGAAUCAGUCGAAAUCGAGCGCAUCGUUCCUGAUCUCCCAAAUCCAAAUUUUCUACUUGUAUGCUUUGGUAGCUACAAAACAAAAUCUAAUUUCAAGCUCGUAUUAGACGCAUUUAAAGAUGUCUUAAUCAUGAGCGAUCCAAACCUCAAGAACAAUAUUCAUCUUGUGAUUGCCGGUCAAUGCAGUGAAACUGAUCUUGAGGAACAAGUGAAUCUUAAUAAGUUGCAAGAAUAUACAAAGGAAAAGUGUUUUGCUUCUCAAGUAACUUUUCUACGACAAUUGCCUACGGUAUAUCGGAAAACUCUUAUCGAAGAAAGUAUGGGAGUUAUUAUACCUUGUAUGUAUGAACUAUUUCCGGAAACAGUGCUGGCGGCUAUGGCUUGCAGCAGAACAAUUAUUGCAACAAAUACCGGAUUUCCCAACGAAAUACUCAAGCAUAGAGUUUCUGCUAUUCUUCUUGAGCCACAUCCACAUUUGUUUGCUGUGGCAAUGUAUAAGGUAUUGACGAAUCCUACUAUUCCAGUAUUCAUCAGCAAUAUGGCUUAUAAUCUCUACGUGAAAAACUAUUCCUAUGCCGCUUUUAAAAAGAAAAUCAAUGGACUUGUCAAAAAGUACGCUAAAUUGCAACUUGAAUUUAGGGACUAACAUAUAAAAUUUUAUAACGUAAAAUUAAAUAUACUUAGAUCAACCGA